GGGGGAUCAGCUCUCGCACGCCCGGGCACUGGGCACCACGCGCUGAAUUCUUAUCGCUGCGAUAAGCUGUACAGGACCCCGCGAUCCCUUGACAGUGCUCAGACGUAACCCCGCCAUUCUUCAACAGCUUCCUCCAUAUAAGCCAAACCUCUGCAACCUUCCAGAUUCCUUGUACAAUCGAGUUCGAAGAAUAGGACGCCCUGCUUUUAAGCCUAUAUCAAGCCCUCAUCCCAUCUCACAGCCAUGUCCCACGAGCACUCACACGAUGGUCCUCAUGGCCACGCGCACUCCCACGAGGGCGGCUUCAACGCCCAGGAGCACGGCCACUCGCAUGAAAUCCUCGACGGUCCUGGAAGCUACCUCGGCCGUGAGAUGCCCAUUGUUGAGGGUAGAGACUGGAACGAUCGCGCUUUCACCAUUGGAAUUGGAGGGCCCGUCGGCUCCGGCAAGACAGCCCUGAUGCUCGCCCUCUGCAACGCCCUCCGCGAAAAAUACUCCAUCGCCGCCGUCACAAACGACAUCUUCACCCGCGAGGACGCCGAAUUCCUCACCCGCCACAAGGCCCUGCCGGCCCCGCGCAUCCGCGCCAUCGAGACGGGAGGCUGCCCCCACGCCGCCGUGCGCGAGGACAUCUCGGCCAACCUCGCCGCCCUCGAGGACCUCCACCGCGAGUUCGACGCCGACCUGCUUCUCAUCGAGUCCGGCGGCGACAACCUGGCCGCCAACUACUCGCGCGAGCUGGCCGACUACAUCAUCUACGUCAUUGACGUCUCGGGCGGCGACAAGAUCCCGCGCAAGGGCGGUCCCGGUAUCACGCAGAGCGAUUUGCUGGUUGUGAACAAGACGGACCUGGCGGAGAUUGUGGGCGCGGAUUUGGGUGUCAUGGAGAGGGACGCGCGUAAGAUGCGCGAGGGCGGGCCGACUGUGUUUGCGCAGGUCAAGAAGAAUGUUGCUGUUGAUCAUAUCGUUAACCUUAUGCUUAGUGCGUGGAAGGCGAGUGGUGCGGAGGAGAACCGCAGGGGUAAGGGCGGACCGAGGCCUACGGAGGGGCUUGACAGCCUCAAGGCUUGAGUAGGCAAUGAUGAGUAGGGAGAGAGCCUGUGGGUGGCACUUUGAUCAUCAAGCGUUGGAAGAAUGUAAGAAGCCAGGGUUGACACACGAAAAGUUGAACGA